AUGGAUUCGCUAAAAGCUGCUGUCGACUACUCUAAGAGACUUGAAAUGUCACAAAGCAUGUAUUCGAGUAGAUCAAGCGCUAAACAGACGUCUUCGUCAACCAGAAACAGUCAUAAGAAGAAUAAUAGCACAAAAGAAAAGGAACCUACCCAAAUCACCGCUAGCAAUUGCAAGAAUAAAAUCGAAGAGUACAAAAGAGCCUUCAACUUUUUCGAUGCCAACAACGACGGACGUAUCACAAUCGACGAGCUUGAGAAGGCCAUGCAAAAGUGCGGCCAAAGACCAACCAAGCUGGAGUUGCGUCUUAUAAUGUACCACGGAGACAAUGAUCAAAACGGCGUCAUCACUUUCGACGAAUUUGCCCAUUUAAUGAACGGCACCUCUUCCAUGAACCAAUACACUUAUGAUCAGCUCCGCGAACAAUUUGAUAUGUUUGAUAAGGACAAGGAUGGGUUCAUUGAAAAGAUGGAAAUGCUCUCAAUUGUCCGUGAGCUGUCUCUUCAAGCCUCUUUCCCCCGCCAGGUAGUCGAACAGCUUUUCAACGAAGCCGACAUUGAUGGAGAUGGAAAAAUCUCUUUCGAAGAAUUUGUCCUGGCUGUCAACUAA